AUGCCAUCCGCUCAACCUUCAAGACCAUACAACUCAAAGAUGGACCACCUUACCACCGAAACCAAAUACAUUUUCCAGCAAUUCAAGCAAGACCGCUCAAGUCUGCUAUCACACCACGAAUUCCGCCAAUCUCUUUCCCCUACAGCCAAACAAGCAUGCGACAUAGUCUCCUGCAUUCGUCUCAGGGAGCACGAAACGAUAUGGAGCCGCUCAAAUGCUCACGUCGGAGAGGACCCAACCCUCGAAUCCGAGGAGCUGUUCCCCGGCAUGAUCUUUAACUCGGCUAAAAACCAUAUGGAGAGGACUCAACUAUGGAAAAUCGUGCAAAAAAUGCCUAAAGGCUCGCUUCUGCACUGCCAUAUGGCUGCCACUGUUGAUUUGGAGUGGUUAUUCAAUGUAGCGAUCGAGACGCCUGGGAUGGUCAUCUCGGCGUCUGAAGCAUUAGUCGACGAGGAUGCAUGGGACAGAGCUGUGGUCAAGAUUGAGUUUUCGAAGACCGUCACGCUAGAUGACAUGAACAUCUGGCACUCAACGUAUCAAGCUGAUUCCAAGCUCCCUCUUGGGACUGUAGCAAGUAUGUUUCCAGCUGGUGGGAAAGCCGUGUUCAUGAAAUGGAUGAAGGACCGUUGCUCCAUAACUCAGACCGAAUCCGUGCAGCACCAUCUCGGUGUCGAUGAUAUAUGGCGAAAACUACAGUCCGCAUUUGUGACGAUCACACCCAUUGCUUACUAUGAGCCGAUCACCAGAAGGUUGAUCCGGAAGUUUCUGAGAACGGCCUAUGAGGAUGGGAUCAAAUGGGUAGAGGUUCGAGGUAUGACGAGGAGCUUCAGGCUAGAGGGGCAGGCGGAGUUGACAGAAAAUCGGCUGGAGUUGGUGAGAGUCUAUAAGGAGGAGAUUGACCGAUUCGUUUACGGAGCUCCAGAGAUCGAUCUUGGAGUAUACCACGCCCUGGAAGACAGGCUUUUGCAUCUCGAGCAGACUAUCUGCAGUGAAAAAUUUCCGGGUUUCUCUGAGCAUUUUGGAAAACUUGCAGAGUUCAUCCACUGCCACAGCGGCGCCCUCGGAAAUGCGGUCGAUGAGGAUGCAGUCAGAGUCGUAGAGGGGGAGAUCUUCGGCCAUCUGACGAAAUUGAAACCAGAAUACGAGCGGUAUUUUGUUGUGGGCGUCGAGGAUAGCCCGUCAGUGAAGGAAGCAAAAGCAUUGGUGCAGGAUGUCUUCCAUGUGCUGGCACCUACCACAUCAAGCAGCAGCGGAAAAGGUCGGGGCUUUUGGGGCUGCCGCAUAAUCUGGGAUUGCCUCCACAUGAAGCUCUGCCUCCAAGCCAAGAAGCUCUACCCGGACACAAUCUCAGGCUACGACCUCGUUGGCCCCGAAGACGCAGGCCGCACUCUGCACUCCCUAGCACCGCUCCUCCUCUGGUUCCGCUCCCAAUGCGAGCUCCAAAAUCUCACAAUCCCCUUCUUCCUACAUGCCGGCGAGACCACCGGCUCAGGGAACUCUACUGAUCAAAACCUCUACGACGCCCUCCUCCUCUCCUCUCGCCGCCUCGGCCACGCAUUCUCGCUAUACAAGCACCCCCUCCUCAUCGACAUGGUAAAAGAGAGGCAGGUGCUGGUGGAAUGCUGUCCCAUCUCCAACGAGGUCCUCCGCUACACCGCAAGCAUCACCUCGCACCCCCUCCCGGCUCUCCUCUCUCGCGGCGUGAAAGCCAGUCUAUCGAAUGACGACCCCGGGAUGAUGGGCCAGAACAGCGGGGGCUUGUCCCAUGACUUCUGGCAGGCGCUGCAGGGCUGGGAUGAUCUCGGGUUGGCAGGACUGGCCUCCCUAGCCCAAAACUCCGUGCGCUGGUCCGCAUUCGAGGACCAGUCCAACGACGAGUGGCACGCCGACAUCACCUCCCCGGGCGGGCUUCGCGCGCAGAGAAUCGAGGCCUGGGACGCCGAGUGGGAGGACUUUUGCCAGUGGGUCGUCGACGAGUUUUGCUAA